CCCAGCUGUGCCUCCCACACGUCACACAUCAUCAGGCACCAGCCAGGGAGGUGUGCUGCCUGUGGUAACCGGAGUUACCCAGAACAGAAAGGCCCAGGAACAAGGAGGUACUGGGAAUGAGCCACCUCCCCCGGUGAAUGCGGCCUCAAGGGGCCGUCUUCGUGGUGCUCCCCCACCUGGGGCUCAUUCUGGUCUGGCUGGUCACCAGCCACCAGAUGUCAGGGUGGUGUGAGGGCCCACGGAAACUGGCCUGGUGCCCGCCCUACAAAGUCAUGUUGCUCGUGUGGACCACCAUCUUCUCCGUCAUGGGCUACGCCUCCUAUCUGGUGUGGAAGGACCUGGGAGGGGGCUUCGGGUGGCCCCUGGCCCUGCCUCUCGGCCUCUAUGCCACGCAGCUGGCCAUCAGCUGGGCUGUCCUGGUUCUCUUUUUUGAAGCCCACAGCCCUGGUCUGGCCCUGCUGCACCUGCUCCUGCUCUACGGGCUGGUGGUGAGCACAGCGCUGAUCUGGCACCCCAUCAACAAGCUGGCCGCCCUGCUCCUGCUGCCCUACCUGGCCUGGCUCACCGUGACCGCUGCCAUCACCUAUCGCCUGUGGAGGGACAGCCUCUGCCCAGAGCACCAGCCCCAGCCCACGGCCAGAGGAGAGCUCCUGAGGCCCUAGGACAAGGGAGAGGAGGGAGGACCGGGGACAGCAAGGAGGCGGGAGGAUGAGGGAGAGGAAGGGAAGAGAAUGCAGGCAAGCCUGGGAACUAGGGUUGCCCCGAUGACAUGGCCACCAUCCCGGGUCCCCUCGUGUCAUUUGUCUUCAGAAUUCAGAGAAAUGGGGAGGGGGAGCUUCGUUUGCACGUAUAUAAUAAAAUUCUGCCGCUGACUUCAAA